GGCCGCUGGGGGAAGAGGUGUCACUGCGCCCCCUGCCCCGGCCCGAUUGGAUGAGCAGCGCCGGGGCCGGUGUUGGCGUUUGCGGCCUCCCCAUGGCCGGGCCCCGGCGUUGAAGGCAGCGAGAGCCGCCUGUGUCCGUGUCUCGCCGGGGAGGCAGCUCAGCCGCCAGGGGGCGGGGAGAGGGAUGUGCGCGGCCGCCGCAGGAGCCGCCGCCACCGAGACUGGGGCCGAGGGCGGCUUCUUCUUCUCCUCUUCCCGCGGGUCCUGCCCGGCGGGGGCCGUGGGGUCCGAGGAGGGCUCAGCCAUGGGGCUCGGGGCGCUGCCAGGGGCGGCGGGGCCGCCACCUCCGGGCUGCAGGGACCGCUACCAGCUGCUGCUCUCGGGCCGGGCCCUGGCAGACACAUACCGGAAGAUUUACACGGCGGCGCUGAGCGACAGGGAUCCGGGGAGCCACACGAGCAGGAGUAAGAAAAUCUUAAACAAGAAAAAACUGAAAAGGAAACAGAAGACUAAAUUGAAAGUGAAAACACGAAACAAGACAGAAAACUUGGAGAGUACAAUAACCAUACCGGAUAUCAAAUUACACAGCAACCCUUCAGCUUUUAAUGUUUACUGCAAUGUCCGCCAUUGUGUUUUGGAGUGGCAAAAAAAAGAAACAUCCUUAACUUUGGCUUCAAAGAACACUGUGCAGAGUGGGGAUUCAGAUAGUGAUGAAGAAGAGGAGUCCAAAGAGCCACCCCUCAAGCUUCCAAAGAUCAUUGAAGUUGGACUAUGUGAAGUUUUUGAAUUGAUCAAGGAGACAAGAUUUUCUCAUCCAUCACUGUGUCUCAGGAGUCUGCAAGCUCUGCUUAAUGUGCUCCAGGGCCAGCAGCCAGAAGGCCUCCAGUCAGAGCCUCCUGAAGUUCUAGAGUCUCUCUUCCAGCUUCUUCUGGAAAUAACUGUUCGUAGCACUGGAGUGAAUGACAGUACUGGACAAUCCUUGACAGCAGUUUCCUGCGCUUGCCUGUUCAGUUUGGUAGCUGCCUGGGGAGAAACAGGAAGAACACUGCAGGCGGUCUCUGCUAUUCUCACCAAUAAUGGCAGUCAUGCUUGUCAGACUAUUCAGGUGCCAACUAUCUUAAACUCUCUUCAGCGGAGUGUACAGGCAGUUCUGGUGGGCAAAAUCCAAAUCCAGGACUGGUUCAGUAAUGGGAUAAAGAAAGCAGCCCUGAUGCACAAAUGGCCACUGAAAGAAAUUUCUGUAGAUGAAGAUGACCAUUGUUUACUUCAGAAUGAUGGUUUCUUCCUGUACCUUUUAUGCAAAGAUGGACUUUACAAAAUCGGCUCUGGCUACAGUGGGACAGUGAGGGGUCAUAUAUACAAUUCUACAUCCCGCAUCAAAAACAGAAAAGAAAAAAAGUCUUGGUUAGGGUAUGCUCAGAGUUAUUUGUUGUAUAGAGAUGUGAACAAUCACAGUAUGACAGCCAUAAGAAUAAACCCUGAAACCUUGGAACAAGAUGGUACAGUCACUUUGCCAGAUUGCCACACUGAAGGGCAGAACAUCCUUUUCACCGAUGGAGAGUACAUUAAUCAGAUAGCAGCUUCUAGAGAUGAUGGCUUUGUAGUUCGAAUAUUUGCAACAAGUACGGAACCAGUAUUGCAACAAGAACUGCAGCUUAAACUUGCUAGAAAGUGCUUACAUGCCUGUGGUAUCUCAUUAUUUGAUCUGGAGAAAGACUUGCACAUUAUCAGUACAGGGUUCGAUGAGGAGUCAGCUGUUCUUGGUGCAGGAAGAGAAUUUGCACUAAUGAAAACUGCUAGUGGAAAGAUUUAUUACACUGGCAAAUAUCAGAGCCUGGGAAUCAAACAAGGUGGUCCUUCAGCAGGAAAAUGGGUUGAGCUGCCAAUCACAAAAUCUCCAAAGAUUAUCCAGUUCUCAGUCGGACAUGAUGGUUCGCAUGCCUUACUUGUUGCAGAGGAUGGAAGUAUAUUCUUUACAGGCUCUGCUAGUAAAGGAGAAGAUGGUGAAUCAACUAAAAGCAGACGGCAGUCAAAACCCUAUAAGCCUAAAAAGAUCAUUAAAAUGGAAGGAAAGAUUGUCGUAUAUACAGCAUGCAAUAAUGGGAGCAGUUCUGUCAUUUCAAAAGAUGGAGAACUCUAUAUGUUUGGAAAAGAUGCCAUUUACUCUGACAGCACAAGUUUAGUAACAGAUUUGAAAGGCCAUUUUGUGACUCAGGUAGCUAUGGGCAAAGCUCAUACGUGUGUGUUAAUGAAGAAUGGAGAGGUUUGGACAUUUGGUGUGAAUAAUAAAGGACAAUGUGGACGAGACACAGGCUCCAUGAGCCAGGGAGGAAAAGGUUUUGUAGUUGAGAACAUGGCAACAGCAAUGGAUGAAGACUUAGAAGAAGAACUGGAUGAAAAAGACGAGAAGUCCAUGAUGUGUCCUCCAGGCAUGCAUAAAUGGAAGCUGGAGCAGUGCAUGGUAUGCACUGUGUGUGGGGACUGUACAGGCUAUGGAGCCAGCUGUGUUAGUAGUGGGCGUCCAGACAGGGUACCUGGAGGAAUAUGUGGCUGUGGCUCUGGUGAGUCUGGCUGUGCUGCAUGUGGUUGUUGCAAGGCCUGUGCUAGAGAGCUGGAUGGUCAAGAGGCAAGGCAAAGAGGAAUUCUUGAUGCUGUGAAAGAGAUGAUACCUUUAGAUCUCCUACUAGCUGUCCCUGUUCCUGGGGUUAAUAUUGAAGAGCACCUUCAGCUACGGCAAGAGGAAAAGCGGCAGCGUGUAAACAGGAGGCAUAGAUUGGAGGAAGGGAGAGGCCCCCUUGUAUUUCCUGGUCCUAUUUUUAUGAAUCAUCGAGAGCAGGCUCUAGCCAGAAUCAGACCCCAUCCAGCACAGCUAAAGCAUAAGCGGGACAAGCACAAAGACGGAAGUGGAGAAAGGGGUGAGAAGGAUGCCAGCAAAAUCACAACCUAUCCUCCAGGGGCUGUCCAUUUUGACUGUGAACUCCGGGCAGUACAAGUCAGUUGUGGGUUUCACCAUUCAGUGGUUUUGAUGGAGAAUGGUGAUGUUUACACAUUUGGAUAUGGGCAGCAUGGGCAGCUGGGACAUGGAGACGUUAAUUGCAGGGGAUGUCCCACUCUGGUACAGGCAUUACCAAGUCCUAGCACGCAAGUUACUGCGGGAAGCAACCAUACAGCCAUUCUCUUAAUGGAUGGACAGGUGUUCACAUUUGGAAGUUUCUCUAAGGGACAGCUUGGCAGACCAAUUUUGGAUAUGCCUUACUGGAAUGCAAAGCCAGCACCCAUGCCUAAUAUUGGAUCUAAAUAUGGACGCAAAGCUACUUGGAUUGGAGCAAGUGGAGAUCAGACUUUUCUUCGGAUUGAUGAAGCUCUCAUUAACUCUCAUGUUCUAGCCACGUCUGAGAUCUUUGCAAGCAGGCAUAUAAUAGGUUUGGUCCCUGCUUCUAUGUCAGAACCACCUCCGUUUAAAUGUCUUCUGAUAAAUAAAGUAGAUGGGAGUUGCAAGACAUUUAAUGAUUCUGAACAGGAGGAUCUUCAAGGGUUUGGAGUAUGUCUGGAUCCUGUUUAUGAUGUUAUUUGGAGGUUUCGACCAAAUACUAGAGAACUGUGGAGUUACAAUGCUGUUGUUGCUGAUUCCAGGCUUCCCUCAGCUCCAGACAUGCAAUCCCGAUGUAGUAUUCUAAGCCCGGAACUUGCUCUUCCGACAGGAUCCAAAGCUCUAACCACCAGGUCUCAUGCAGCUUUGCACAUUCUAGGUUGUCUUGAUACAUUAGCCGCUAUGCAGGACUUAAAAAUGGGUGUAGCAAAUACAGAGGAGGAGACUCAAGCAGUAAUGAAAGUUUAUUCCAAGGAAGAUUAUAGUGUGGUUAACAGAUUUGAAAGUCAUGGAGGAGGUUGGGGUUAUUCAGCCCAUUCAGUGGAAGCUAUCCGCUUCUAUGCCGAUACUGACAUUUUACUUGGUGGUCUUGGCCUUUUUGGAGGUAGGGGUGAAUACACUGCUAAAAUAAAGUUGUUUGAAUUGGGUCCAGAUGGGGGAGAUCAUGAGACUGAUGGGGACCUUCUUGCUGAAACUGAUGUCUUGGCGUAUGAUUGUGCUGCUAGAGAAAAAUACGCAAUGAUGUUUGAUGAACCAGUUCUCUUGCAAGCUGGCUGGUGGUAUGUAGCCUGGGCACGAGUGUCAGGCCCUAGCAGUGAUUGUGGAUCUCACGGACAGGCCUCUAUUACAACAGAUGAUGGCGUUGUUUUCCAGUUUAAGAGUUCCAAGAAAUCAAAUAAUGGUACAGAUGUUAAUGCAGGACAGAUCCCUCAGUUAUUAUACAGGCUGCCAACAAGUGAUGGCACUGCAUCAAAAGGAAAACAGCAAACCAGCGAGCCUGUGCAUAUUUUAAAGAGGUCAUUUGCAAGAACUGUCUCAGUGGAAUGCUUUGAGUCAUUGCUAAGCAUUCUUCAUUGGAGUUGGACAACCUUAGUCCUAGGAGUUGAGGAGCUUCGGGGAUUGAAAGGAUUCCAGUAUACAGCUACCCUUCUCGAUCUAGAGCGGUUGCGUUUUGUGGGCACUUGUUGUCUCAGGUUGCUGAGGGUCUACACGUGUGAGAUAUACCCCAUGUCAGCUACUGCUAAGGCUGUUGUAGAGGAAACUAGCAAGUUAGCAGACUGCAUUGGGAAAACAAGAACCUUGCUGAGAAAAAUUCUAUCUGAAGGAGUUGAUCACUGUAUGGUGAAGCUGGACAAUGACCCCCAAGGAUAUCUCAGUCAGCCCCUGAGUCUUCUAGAAGCUGUUCUUCAAGAAUGUCAUAACACUUUCACAGCCUGCUUUCACUCUUUCUGUCCAACACCAGCUCUACAAUGGGCUUGCCUCUGUGACUUGCUGAAUUGUUUAGAUCAGGACAUCCAGGAAGCAAACUUCAAAACAUCAAGUAGCCGGCUUCUUGCAGCUGUAAUGUCAGCCCUGUGUCAUACUUCCGUAAAGCUGACCUCUAUCUUUCCUAUCACUUAUGAUGGAGAGGUGUUGCUGCGAUCCAUGGUCAAACAAGUCAGCACCGAGAAUGACUCUGCACUGGCCCACCGUUUCCCUCUCUUGGUAGCCCAUAUGGAAAAACUUAGUCAGAAUGAGGAAAAUAUCUCAGGGAUGACAAGCUUUCGGGAAGUGCUAGAAAAAAUGCUGGUUAUUGUUGUGUUACCAGUCAGAAACAGUCUUAGACGAGAAAAUGAGCUCUUCUCUUCACACCUGGUUUCCAAUACCUGUGGACUUCUUGCUAGUAUUGUGAGUGAACUUACAGCUUCUGCACUGGGAUCUGAGGUUGAUGGGCUUAACUCCCUUCAUUCUGUCAAAUCCAGCACAAACCGAUUCACUAAAACAAGUCAGGGAAGAAGUUGGAAUACUGGUAAUGGGUCCCCUGAUGCAAUCUGUUUCUCUGUGGACAAACCUGGUGUAGUUGUUGUAGGGUUUUCUGUUUAUGGAGGAGGAGGAAUUCAUGAAUAUGAGCUGGAGGUGUUAGUUGAUGAUAGUGAUCAUGCUGGAGAUUCAACUCAUUCCCAUAGAUGGACAUCCUUAGAGUUAGUAAAAGGAACAUACACCACAGAUGAUUCCCCCAGCGACAUAUCUGAAAUUAGACUUGACAAAGUUGUGCCUCUGAAGGAAAAUGUGAAAUAUGCAGUCCGUCUGAGGAACUAUGGAAGCCGCACUGCCAAUGGAGAUGGGGGAAUGACCACAGUCCAGUGUCCAGAUGGUGUGACAUUUACGUUCAGUACAUGUAGCCUGAGCAGUAAUGGCACAAACCAGACACGAGGACAGAUUCCACAGAUUCUUUAUUACAGGAGUGAGUAUGAUGGAGAUCUACAGUCACAGCUUUUAAGUAAAGCUAAUGAAGAAGAUAAAAACUGUAGCAGAGCUAUUUCUGUUGUGAGUGCUGUGGUACGAGCUGCCAAAGACCUGUUACACAGGGCUCUUGCUGUAGAUGCUGAAGACAUUCCAGAAUUGCUCAGCUCUUCCAGUCUGUUUUCAAUGCUGCUUCCCCUUAUAAUAGCCUACAUAGGACCAGUAGCUGCAGCUAUUCCCAAGGUUGCUGUUGAAGUCUUUGGCCUAGUACAGCAGUUACUUCCCUCUGUAGCAGUUUUGAAUCAGAAGUAUGCCCCUCCUUCCUUUAACCCCAAUCAGUCUACAGACAGCACCACAGGAAACCAACCUGAACAAGGGCUCUCAGCUGGUACUACCUCUAAUCACUAUGCUGUCAUAGAAAGUGAACACCCUUAUAAACCAGCUUGUGUUACCCACUAUAAGGUGACUUUCCCAGAAUGCGUCAGGUGGAUGACAAUAGAGUUUGAUGCUCAGUGUGGCACAGCUCAAUCAGAGGAUGUCCUUCGCUUGCUAAUUCCUGUCAGAAUUGUCCUGAACUCAGGAUUUGGACAAAAGCAAACUCCUGUUCAUGAAAAUCUUAAUUCAUGGAUUGAACUAAAGAAAUUUUCAGGCACAUCUGGAUGGCCUACCAUGGUUUUAGUGUUGCCAGGAAAUGAAGCACUCUUUUCACUGGAGACUGCAUCAGACUACGUGAAAGAUGAAAAGGCCUGUUUCUAUGGCUUCAAGUGUUUUGCAAUUGGAUAUGAAUUUAGUCCAGGAUCUGAUGAGGGUAUUAUACAGCUUGAGAAAGAGUUGGCCAAUCUAGGAGGAGCAUGUGCAGCUGCUUUGAUGAAAAAAGAUCUGGCACUUCCCAUUGCUAAUGAAUUUGAAGAAGAUCUUGAGAUUCUUGAAGAGGCUGCAUUGCAGGUGUGUAAAUCUCAUUCAGGCAUUCUUGGAAAAGGUUUGGCACUGUCUCACUCACCAACCAUCUUAGAAGCUCUUGAAGGAAACCUUCCACUUCAGAUGCAAAGCAACGAACAGUCAUUUUUGGAUGAUUUCAUAGUCUGUGUACCAGGGUCUAGUGGUGGACGACUUGCAAGAUGGCUUCAGCCAGAUUCAUAUGCUGAUCCUCAGAAGACAUCUUUAAUUCUAAACAAGGAUGAUAUACGAUGUGGUUGGCCAACUAUUAUUACUGUGCAAACAAAAGACCAGUAUGGAGAUAUUGUUCACGUUCCCAGUAUGAAGGUGGAGGUCAAGGCUAUUCCUGUUUCACAGAAAAAAACAUCUUUGCAACAAGAACAACUGAAAAAACUCCAACGGAUACCAGGCAGUCCUGCACCACCUACUUCCUCUGGCACUGAUAUGACUUUUGGAGGACAUCCUUCACCAAAACUUGAUGCUUCAUAUGAACCUAUGAUAGUGAAAGAAGCUCGCUACAUUGCUAUUACAAUGAUGAAGGUAUAUGAAAAUUAUUCAUUUGAAGAAUUACGCUUUGCCUCACCAACACCUAAAAGACCCAGUGAAAACAUGUUGAUCCGAGUCAAUAAUGAUGGUACUUACUGUGCAAAUUGGACCCCGGGAGCUGUUGGUCUUUACACCAUUCAUGUUACUAUAGAUGGCAUUGAAAUAGAUGCUGGAUUAGAAGUGAAAGUAAAAGACCCUCCAAAAGGGAUGAUACCACCUGGAACGCAGCUUGUCAAACCAAAAGCAGAACCUCAACCAAACAAGGUUCGCAAAUUUGUGGCCAAGGACAGUGCAGGGCUUCGUAUCCGUAGCCACCCUUCCCUUCAGAGUGAGCAAAUAGGCAUAGUGAAAGUCAAUGGAUCCAUCACUUUUAUUGACGAGAUCCACAAUGAUGAUGGUGUAUGGCUGAGACUGAAUGAUGAAACAAUAAAGAAGUAUGUUCCUAACAUGAAUGGUUACACUGAAGCCUGGUGCCUCUCUUUUAACCAGCAUCUUGGCAAGAGCCUUCUGGUCCCCGUUGAUGAACCUAGGUCUAAUACUGAUGACUUUUUCAAAGACAUAAAUUCACGCUGCACACAGGAGGCAGUGAUGCAAGAGCAAGAUAUGCCAUUCCUUCGAGGUGGACCUGGAGUGUACAAGGUAGUGAAGACUGGCCCUUCAGGUCACAACAUCAGAAGCUGCCCUAACCUUAGAGGUAUCCCAAUUGGAAUGUUAGUUCUGGGAAACAAAGUCAAGGCAGUAGGCGAGGUGACUAAUUCUGAAGGUACAUGGGUGCAAAUGGAUAAGAACAGCAUGGUAGAGUUCUGUGAGAGUGAUGAAGGCGAGGCAUGGUCCUUAGCUAGAGACAGAGGUGGAAACCAGUAUCUGCGGCACGAAGAUGAGCAAGUUCUGCUAGAUCAAAAUGCUCAGACGCCUCCUCCAAGCCCUUUUUCAAUACAAGCUUUCAAUAAGGGGUCUGCUUGUAGCAAUGGACAAGGAUUUGAUUAUGGCCUUGCAAAUAACAAAGGUGACCGAGUGAAUUUCUCAGCAGCUGCUAGACCAGUUUCUCCAGCAGGAAAAUCAGACAUAUCAAAACACAGGGCUGAGAGCAAGUCACCCAAACCUGAUGGACGUGUGAUCAGAACUGUUGCUGACCAGAAAAAACCAAGGAACACAGAAGGCUUAUCUGCCAGUGAGUCUCUUAUGUUGAAAUCAGAUGCUGCAAAGUUGAGGUCAGAUUCUCAUAGCAGAUCAUUAUCUCCAAACCAUAACACUUUGCAGACACUAAAAUCUGAUGGGAGGACAACUUCUGGUCUAAGAGCUGAAUCUCCGGGACCAGGAACACGGUCUUCCUCACCAAAGCCAAAGCCACUCACAGCAGGAAGAUCCAGCACUUCUGGUGCUAGUUCACCACGAUCAUCAUCUCCGCAUGAUAAGACUCUACCUCAAAAAGCCUCAAUCCCUGUAAAAACAAAGCUUGAGCCUCCUCGGGAACGAUCCAAAUCAGAUUCUUACACACUAGAUCCAGACACACUUCGCAAAAAGAAAGUACCGCUAACAGAGCCAUUAAGGGGACGGUCCACUUCACCCAAACCAAAAAUACUAUCAAAAGAUGCAAAACCUGUGACUGAAACUGAAAAUAGAGCUCCUUCCCCUCACGUUGUACAAGAAAACCUUCACAGUGAAGUUGUUGAAGUUUGCACUUCAAGUACUUUAAAGACUAAUAGCAUUACAGAUAGCACAUGUGACGAUAGCACAGAAUUCAAAAUUGUGGAUGAUAGUUCUAAUAAAAUUCAUUUUAGCAUAGGAAAAGCACCACUGAAAGAUGAGCAAGAUAUGAGAGCUUCUCCAAAAGUGAGCCGUAAGUGUGCCAGUAGGCACACAAGACCCAAAAAGGAAAAAUCUGGCUUACUUUUCAAAGGAGAUGGAUCCAAAUCUGUAGAGCCAGCCAAGCAAGCAAUGUCACCAUCUGUUGCAGAAUGUGCCAGAGCUGUCUUUGCUUCUUUCCUGUGGCAUGAAGGAAUAGUCCAUGAUGCUAUGGCUUGUUCAUCUUUUUUGAAGUUUAAUCCAGAGCUUACCAAAGAGCAUGCACCAAUAAGAAACAGUCUUAAUCAUCAACCUACAGAGGAAAAAGAAAUCAAGUUGAAAAAUAGACACUCAUUGGAAAUAUCAUCUGCUCUUAAUAUGUUUAACAUUGCACCUCAUGGUCCAGACAUAUCUAAAAUGGGCAGCAUCAACAAAAACAAGGUCCUGUCUAUGCUUAAAGAACCACCUCUGCAUGAGAAAUGCGAGGAUGGAAAAACUGAAAUUACCUCUUUUGAAACAACCAGUCAUUAUACUAUGAAAUCUAAAUCUCCUCUUCCCUUAACACUGCAGCAUUUGGUAGCUUUCUGGGAAGAUAUUUCUUUAGCAACUAUCAAAGCAGCAUCCCAGAAUAUGAUUUUCCCAAGCCCUGGUUCCUGUGCAGUAUUAAAGAAGAAAGAAAGCGACAAAGAUAACAAGAAAACCAAAAAGGAAAAAAAGAAAAAAGAAAAGGCUGAGGCUAGGCCAAGGGGAAAUCUUUUUGGUGAGAUGGCCCAACUUGCAGUGGGAGGACCUGAGAAAGAUACCAUCUGUGAGUUAUGUGGAGAAUCCCAUCCAUAUCCAGUGACUUACCACAUGAGACAAGCUCAUCCGGGUUGUGGCCGGUAUGCAGGUGGUCAAGGUUAUAAUAGCAUUGGACACUUCUGCGGAGGAUGGGCUGGUAAUUGUGGUGAUGGUGGUAUAGGAGGAAGCACUUGGUAUCUGGUUUGUGAUCGAUGCAGAGAAAAAUACCUCCGUGAAAAGCAAGCAGCAGCAAGAGAGAAGGUUAAACAAUACAGGAGAAAGCCAAUGCAAGUUAAGACUCCUCGUGCCUUGCCAACUAUGGAAGCUCAUCAAGUGAUUAAAGCCAAUGCUCUGUUCUUGCUGUCCCUGAGCAGUGCUGCUGAGCCCAGUAUUUUGUGCUAUCAUCCUGCAAAACCAUUCCAGUCUCAGCUUCCCAGUGUUAAAGAAGGAAUUUCUGAGGACUUUCCCAUUAAAAUGCCAUGCCUCUAUCUGCAAACUUUAGCAAGGCAUCAUCAUGAAAACUUUGUUAGCUAUCAGGAUGACAACCUCUUCCAAGAUGAGAUGAGAUAUCUGCGUUCAACUUCAGUACCUGCACCAUACAUAUCAGUCACUCCUGAUGCAUGUCCUAAUGUCUUUGAGGAACCAGAGAGUAACAUGAAAUCUAUGCCACCAAGUUUGGAGACCAGUCCAAUAACAGAUACAGACCUGGCAAAGCGCACAGUUUUUCAAAGAUCAUACUCAGUUGUUGCAUCAGAAUAUGACAAACAGCACUCGAUUUUACCUGCACGGGUUAAGGCCAUUCCCAGAAGAAGAGUCAACAGUGGCGACGCAGAAGUGGGAUCAUCUCUCCUGAGACAUCCAUCUCCUGAACUUUCUCGGUUAAUCUCCGCCCACAGCUCUCUUUCUAAAGGAGAGAGAAAUUUCCAGUGGCCAGUUCUGGCAUUUGUAAUCCAGCACCAUGAUCUGGAAGGACUUGAAAUAGCAAUGAAACAAGCCUUACGGAAAUCUGCUUGCCGAGUCUUUGCUAUGGAGGCUUUUAAUUGGCUUCUCUGUAAUGUCAUUCAAACAACUUCUCUUCAUGAUAUUUUAUGGCAUUUUGUGGCUUCACUGACUCCUGCCCCUAUGGAACCUGAGGAAGAUGAGGAUGAGGAGAACAAAGCGAAUAAAGAAAAUGCAGAGCAAGAGAAAGAUACAAGAGUAUGUGAACAUCCACUGUCCGAUAUAGUGAUUGCUGGUGAAGCAGCUCAUCCAUUGCCCCACACUUUCCAUCGUUUGCUUCAGACCAUCUCUGAUCUUAUGAUGUCUCUCCCCAGUGGUAGUUCAUUGCAACAAAUGGCCCUAAGAUGUUGGAGCCUCAAAUUCAAACAGUCUGACCACCAGUUCCUGCAUCAGAGCAAUGUCUUUCACCAUAUUAACAACAUUUUGUCCAAAUCUGAUGAUGGAGAUAGUGAGGAGAGCUUUAGUAUCAGUAUACAGUCUGGCUUUGAAGCCAUGAGUCAGGAAUUGUGUAUAGUAAUUUGCCUAAAAGACCUAACCAGCAUUGUUGACAUCAAAACAUCAAGCCGACCUGCCAUGAUUGGCAGUUUGACAGAUGGGUCCACAGAAACCUUCUGGGAGUCAGGAGAUGAAGAUAAAAAUAAAACUAAGAACAUCACAAUUAAUUGUGUAAAAGGAAUCAAUGCUCGCUAUGUGUCUGUUCAUGUAGACAACUCCCGAGAUCUUGGGAAUAAAGUGACUUCAAUUACUUUCUUGACUGGUAAGGCAGUAGAAGAUCUUUGCAGAAUAAAGCAGGUUGAUUUGGAUUCAAGACACAUUGGCUGGGUAACAAGUGAACUUCCUGGUGGAGAUAAUCACAUCAUCAAAAUUGAAUUGAAGGGCCCAGAGAACACGCUAAGAGUUCGCCAAGUGAAAGUAUUGGGAUGGAAAGAUGGUGAAAGCAUUAAAAUUGCAGGCCAGAUCUCAGCAAGUGUAGCUCAGCAAAGAAACUGUGAAGCUGAGACACUGCGAGUAUUCCGCCUUAUUACAUCCCAGGUAUUUGGAAAACUCAUCUCCGGAGAUGCUGAGCCAACCCCAGAACAAGAAGAAAAAACACUGCUGUCUUCCCCGGAAGGAGAAGAAAAAGUACACAAUGCAACUUCAGAUGCAGAUCUGAAAGAGCACAUGGUUGGAAUCAUAUUCAGCAGGAGCAAACUGACAAAUUUACAAAAACAGGUAUGUGCUCAUAUAGUCCAGGCCAUCCGAAUGGAAGCAACCCGCGUACGUGAGGAAUGGGAGCAUGCAAUCUCUAGCAAGGAGAAUGCCAACUCGCAGCCUAAUGAUGAAGAUGCCUCUUCUGAUGCUUAUUGCUUUGAGCUGCUGUCCAUGGUUCUGGCACUGAGUGGUUCCAAUGUAGGUCGUCAGUACCUGGCUCAGCAGCUGACUCUACUCCAGGAUCUCUUCUCACUACUGCAUACUGCCUCUCCCAGGGUACAGAGACAGGUCACAUCAUUAUUAAGACGUGUUUUGCCAGAGGUGACCCCUAGUCGCUUGGCUAGUAUCAUAGGGGUAAAGUCUCUGCCACCAGCAGACAUAAGUGAUAUUAUUCACUCAACGGAAAAAGGAGAUUGGAAUAAACUGGGUAUCUUGGACAUGUUCCUGGGGUGCAUUGCCAAAGCACUCACUGUACAGCUAAAAGCCAAAGGAACCACUAUAACUGGAACUGCUGGCACUGCUGCAGGCAAAGGAGUUACUACAGUUACACUUCCAAUGAUUUUCAAUUCCAGCUAUAUUCGCCGAGGUGAAAGCCAUUGGUGGAUGAAGGGCUCAACUCCUACACAAAUUUCAGAAAUCAUUAUUAAGCUGAUUAAGGACAUGGCAGCAGGUCACCUGUCUGAAGCUUGGUCCCGUGUGACAAAAAAUGCUAUUGCUGAAACCAUCAUUGCUCUGACCAAAAUGGAAGAUGAAUACAGAUCACCAGUGCGAUGCAUUGCAACAACCAGGCUCUGGUUAGCCCUAGCAUCCCUGUGUGUGCUUGAUCAGGACCAUGUAGAUAGACUGUCUUCUGGAAGAUGGAUGGGAAAGGAUGGACAGCAAAAACAGAUGCCAAUGUGCGAUAACCAUGAUGAUGGUGAAACCGCUGCAAUCAUUUUAUGUAAUGCCUGUGGGAAUUUGUGUACAGACUGCGACAGAUUCCUUCAUCUCCAUCGACGAACGAAAACUCAUCAGAGACAGGUAUUUAAAGAAGAGGAAGAAGCUAUCAAAGUUGAUCUUCAUGAAGGCUGUGGUAGGACCAAACUUUUCUGGCUCAUGGCACUAGCAGACUCUAAAACUAUGAAGGCUAUGGUGGAGUUUAGAGAACAAACAGGCAAACCAACCACCAGCAGCUCUGAAGCAUGUCGUUUCUGUGGUUGUAGGAGUGGAACAGAGUUAUCAGCAGUAGGCAGUGUCUGUUCUGAUGCAGAUUGCCAGGAGUAUGCUAAGAUAGCUUGUAGCAAGACUCAUCCUUGUGGUCACCCAUGUGGAGGUGUUAAGAAUGAAGAGCACUGUUUGCCGUGCCUGCAUGGUUGUGAUAAGAACGCCACAGCUCUUAAACAAGAUGCUGAUGACAUGUGCAUGAUUUGUUUUACUGAAGCACUUUCAGCAGCACCAGCUAUCCAGUUGGACUGCAGUCAUGUAUUCCACUUGCAGUGCUGUCGUCGAGUACUAGAAAACAGAUGGCUUGGGCCCAGGAUAACUUUUGGGUUUAUGUCUUGUCCUAUUUGCAAGAACAAAAUUAAUCAUACGGUAUUAAAAGACUUGCUUGAUCCAAUCAAAGAACUCUAUGAAGACGUGAGGAGGAAAGCUCUAAUGAGGUUGGAGUAUGAAGGAUUGCACAAGAGUGAGGCCAUCACAACACCUGGCGUUAGAUUUUAUAAUGACCCAGCUAGCUAUGCCAUGAACAGAUAUGCUUAUUAUGUUUGCUACAAAUGCAAAAAGGCAUAUUUUGGUGGUGAAGCUCGUUGUGAUGCUGAGGCUGGACAAGGAGAUGAUUAUGAUCCAAGAGAGCUUAUUUGUGGUGCAUGCUCUGAUGUUUCAAGGGCACAGAUGUGUCCCAAACAUGGUACAGAUUUCUUGGAGUACAAAUGUCGGUACUGCUGCUCAGUAGCUGUGUUUUUCUGCUUUGGGACAACACAUUUCUGCAAUGCUUGCCAUGAUGAUUUCCAAAGAAUGACAAGUAUCACUAAAGAAGAACUUCCACAUUGUCCUGCAGGUCCGAAAGGCAAACAACUUGAAGGAACAGAGUGUCCACUUCAUGUUGUCCAUCCACCCACUGGUGAGGAAUUUGCUCUGGGAUGUGGGGUUUGCAGAAAUGCACACACUUUUUAGACUAGUAAUUUUUUUACCAGAGCAAAACAGUUGUCCUCAUCCCACAAGUGUCCUAAACAGAAUAUAAAGUCCAGUCAUGAUGAGGAUGGGACCAUUUCAUAACCCAGGUAAAAGGAACAAUUUACAGUGCAAGAAGGAUGCCAAAUACCAUGUACCAUGCUGUGAGAAAUUGACGUUUUUUGAACUAAGACAUCAAAAAUUGUGAGAUGUUUGCAUGUGGCCAUUACAGUCAUCGGCUAUGAAGCAUUGGACAUUUACAAAUAAAUAAUUGCUAUUAAAGGAUCUCUGUGUCUGUGGACUAUGAAUGAUGCUGGUUUUCAGACGAAGAAAGAAAAAACGGAUUAUUGUAUACUGACUUUUUGUAAUCCUGUACAAUUGUAACUGCAUCAUGGGUGGGGGUGGGAAAGAGGAGUAUUCUCGUUUAUUUCCUAGACUGUUACAAAAAAAUUGUGUUAGGAAGGCAUAAAUGUAACAAGUAUCACGCUGUAUAUAAAGAAUAUCAAUGUUUGUCCUGUAUAAGAAUUACUAAAUUACAACAGCAGUUUCAUUUAAACUUCUGGGUUAUGUUUGAGCCUGAAAUUUUAAUGAAGUGCAAUACUGAGUGUGCCUCAUAUCUUGCAGCUGUAAACAUAAUGGAAUGUACAUGUCAAUAAAACCACUGUACAUUUUUAUACAGUGAAAGUCUAA